UGUAACUGCCCACAAAGUUUCUCAGCUAGGUGACAGUUGAGUCAGAAGGAAGACAGCGCGAACGCUGCGUACGUUACGAUAUUUAUCAGCUCCUAAACAAAUUCACACACAGAUUAUCAGUUAUUAAUACAGUUUACUGAAUUUUUUUCUAAGAUCUUAAACCAAAAACAGAUUCCCUUCGCCCUCUUUAGAACAGGAACCAGCUAGUAGUAGCAGCAGAAGCCUAGUAGGACAUUUAACGCCAGCUCGGGGUCGUUGUAUUUCUAUCCAGGUAAGAUUUCAUUGCUGCCGCCAACAUGUCAGAGACAGCCGGGGAGGCGAAGGCUGAAGUGAAGCAGGCGAGCAAAGAAGUGAAGGAGAGCGAAAAUGUCGCGGAAAAAUAUUCAGCCAUGACCGUGAGCAAGAACAGCGAAAUUAACAUGGGAGAGCUGUCCUCGGCGUUCAGCGCUGUGCCCACUCACAAACCAGUUAAAAAGCAAAUUCAGUUUGUUGAGGAAAAGCAGGAGUUCAGCAGGUUUCCCACCAAAACGGGCCGUCGUUCACUGUCCCGCUCCAUCUCGCAGUCCUCCACUGACAGCUACAGCUCUGCUGCAUCCUACACUGAUAGCUCAGAUGACGAGACCUCGCCUCGGGACAAAACACAAGUCAACUCCAAGGGCAGCAGUGACUUCUGCGUGAAAAACAUCAAGCAGGCUGAAUUUGGCAGACGAGAGAUCGAGAUAGCAGAACAAGCGUUGUUAUGUUGUUCAGAUAUGUCGGCGCUGAUCUCUCUCAGGAAGAGAGCACAGAGUGAAAAACCUUUAGCGGGUGCCAAAAUCGUGGGCUGCACUCACAUAACUGCUCAGACUGCAGUGCUGAUUGAGACUCUGGUGGCUCUUGGCGCUCAGUGCCGUUGGACCGCUUGUAACAUAUAUUCAACGCAGAAUGAAGUUGCUGCUGCCCUGGCAGAGAGAGGUGUGGCUGUGUUUGCCUGGAAGGGAGAAUCUGAGGAUGACUUCUGGUGGUGUAUUGACUGCUGUGUCAACACUGAGGGCUGGCAGCCCAACAUGAUCCUUGAUGAUGGUGGAGACCUGACACACUGGGUGUAUAAGAAAUAUCCAAAUGUCUUCAAGAAGAUCAGAGGCAUUGUAGAGGAGAGUGUUACUGGAGUUCACAGGUUGUAUCAGCUUUCUAAAGCAGGGAAACUGUGUGUUCCAGCCAUGAAUGUAAACGACUCUGUGACAAAGCAGAAGUUUGACAACCUGUACUGCUGCAGGGAGUCUAUCUUAGAUGGCUUGAAGAGAACCACAGGCGUCAUGUUCGGAGGAAAACAGGUGGUGGUAUGUGGGUAUGGCGAGGUUGGAAAAGGUUGUUCUGCAGCUCUGAAAGCUCUGGGAGCCGUUGUCUAUGUGACGGAGAUCGAUCCCAUCUGUGCCCUGCAGGCCUGCAUGGAUGGAUUCAGGGUCGUCAAGCUGAACGAGGUCAUUCGCCUGGUUGAUGUUGUCAUCACAUGCACCGGGAAUAAAAACGUCGUGACCAGGGACCAGCUUGAUCGAAUGAAAAACGGCUGUAUUGUGUGCAACAUGGGACACUCGAACACUGAGAUUGAUGUGGCAAGUCUACGGACUCCUGAGCUGACGUGGGAACGAGUGCGUUCUCAAGUGGAUCAUGUAAUCUGGCCUGAUGGCAAAAGAGUUAUCCUUCUGGCUGAGGGACGGCUGCUGAACCUAAGCUGCUCCACUGUUCCUACCUUUGUCCUUUCCAUCACAGCCACCACUCAGGCCUUGGCCCUCAUAGAGUUGUAUAAUGCUCCAGAUGGACGUUACAAACAAGAUGUUUACUUACUUCCCAAAAAAAUGGAUGAGUAUGUUGCCAGCUUGCAUCUGGCCACUUUUGAUGCCCACCUGACAGAGCUCACUGAUGAGCAGGCGAAGUAUCUGGGUUUGAAUAAAAAUGGCCCAUUUAAGCCAAACUACUACAGGUAUUAGGCUGCCAAUACCACGGUGUAGAACACCUCUAUGUGGAUCUAUGUUUCUGAUAUCACUCAUCCUCCCGGCAACAGAUAUACAUGAAUAUUGUAUUUUAUAUUAUCCACAGGAUGCACAGGCUAUAUUUGGACGUAUUUUACUUGCUGCUUCCUGUAGACGAUGCACAUGGCAUUUAUCUGGCUUUAAAAGAUUAAUGUGAUUAUAACAUCGCUCUGAUGUCUGAUAGAGGAUGUAUUGAAUGUUUUCCUUUCCUGCUUGGUCCCGACUGAGAGCUUUUCCAGUAAAUUGUGCCAAAUGGUGGUGAGAGUAAAGGGUUAGUGUUGUGGAAGAUGAAGAACAGAAAUCAGAUAAACCUGUUUAAAGAGCAAUUUUAUUCUUAUUUUUUACAUGUAUAUGAUUACAGUAUGAUAUUUAACUAUGAAAUGAAAAUAUGCAUGCUUGGAACGCACCAGUUAAUAGCUCCCUAUACUUAUUGAACUUUUAAACACUCUGAUCACUUUGUGCAUAAAAACUGUGUGAACCCAUUUUGGGACGUGCGCUACCAUUAAAUGACGAGCGGAUAAUAUGUUUUGCUCAAAUGUGGACCAAAUGUGGGUUAAAAGUCCUGUUGCUGGAGUUGUAUUUUUAAGGUAAAAAAAUACUUUAUUUAGAUAUAUUUAAUGAGGUUUGCUUACAGAUGAGCCAUAGCAACUUUGAAAUCAAACUUUGUUGACCACUUGCUUUGAAAUUGUCUACCACCUAGUGGCCAAAUAUAGCUCAAUGCUGUUUUAAUUGUUCACUUAAAAGCACUAAGACAUUCCAUGAGAGGGAGAACAAGUGUCCUAAUCUUUAGUAAUGUUAUUACUAAUAAAGCUGACCUGAAGGUCUGGGCAAAAAGUAACUUUGGCUCCUGUUUACCACAAUAAGUAGUCAGGAGUGUAAUUCGUUUCCUGAAAAAAUGUUUUGAAGGUUUUGUCUCAGUAAUGUUUUCAUCACCUAAGGGCAUUUGGAUAAUCUGUAAAAAAAUGUUCUUACAAGUUCUAUUUCAUUUGACUUUCAGUAUCAGAUUUAAUCACACAACCAUUUUAUAAUGGUAUUAAAAAAAAAAAACUUCAGAGGUUUUGAUACUGUUAGGUUCAACUGACCUGAUAAAAGUAUGUUUUUAGUUAUGUAUAUUGUACUUUAAUUUUGUGAAAGUGAGCACUAUAAUCAUGGUGACUGAUAGGUUGCAGCAUCUUUCAGCUCCUUUAGUCCUUUGUAUUUAAAACAUAGUUUGGUUUCCUCCCGAGUAUGUUAAUGCUCUGACUGGAGGAAAAAACAGCUAUGCACCAAAACCCUCAUUAUUUUCUCAGUCUAAAAGAAUUUUAACAUCAGCAGCAACUUAGCUUGUAUAAUAAAUGUAUGAUCUUUCUUUUAAAGCAGAAAAUUAUUUUACACACUAUUAACAUGUUGAAUGUUUUGAAAUUGUAUAUUUUUCCUCACCUUUUUACUUCUUGUAAGAUCAGAUCACUUCAUUCUUAUCAAAGCAUCUGAAAAAUGUAUUUUGAGUAAUUAUAAUUCCAUUAACAGUGUUUAAACUUUGAGUCAUCCUGAGUUCCACUGUGAUAACAGCAGAAUGUUGUUUAAUUUCAAUGCAAGAUCCCUAAAUGAUACAAUUAUGCCCUAUAUUUUCAUCACUGUCGUUAGUUUGAUUGAUUUCAUAAAUCUGCAUUCUGUUGGGUGGCUGUCGUCAAUUUUCUCUAAUAAAUGUUUGAGUCUUAAA